AUGGGGGCUUUGAGUAUAGUCCUCCGGGAAGGGGGUGCCGCCCGUGCAGCUGCUACCGCCACCAAUGCCGGCAACAUUGCGGGCGCCCCACUGAAUGUCGGUGCUGAAGAAGUGAACCAACAGCAGCAGGGCUUCAAAAGAGACGCAGACGAGUACAAGCCAAUAGCCAAUAUCACCCGAAUCUUGCGGCGCGUCCUCCCCACCCAUGCCAAAAUCGCCGACGAUGCCAAGGAAGCUAUCCAGGAAUGCGUCUCCGAGUUCAUCAGCUUUAUCACCGCUGAGGCAAACCGGCGGUGCCGCCACGACUACAGGACAACAGUCAAACCGGAGGACGUGCUGGCAGCAAUGGCCUCUCUUGGUUUCGACGACUAUUUGGAGUCGCUCACAGUUUUCCUCAACAACCACCGCAUGCAGCAGGACCUCGAGCGUGGCUCCAGGGAUCAAUUAUCGCAGUUUGUUAGGCGAGACUGUGGCGUCGGAGUUGGCUUCCUUCACCAGCAACCGCAAGGUGCUCCCAACAAUGGGGUAUUAUGUCCCCUUACCUCCACCUGUUGCUGCACGAGGAAUGGUGCUAUAAUUUUUGAAUUAUUUCUUUGA